AUGAGUGUAUCAUUAAUAAAUAGUGCUGUAGAAAAUAUAAAGAUGGAAUCAUCUUCACCGUCUUCAUUAAAUAAUAUGUUAAAUCAAAAUAACUCACCUAGUGUUUCAUCAAAUUAUUACAAUAUUCAUGGUGUAUCACCUUCCGAAGCAAAUACUGCUUCAAAUGGUCCUUAUAAUACAAGCGCACUAACACCAAAUGGUUCGGCCUCAGAAAACAUUCCACCUCAUAUGAAACAUGAAGUUGAUAAUUUGGAUUGUCGAAAUCAAUAUUAUAAUUCAAAUAUGAAUAUGAUGGAUAAUAAUAUGAUGUCAUAUCACCAUCAUAUGCAGAUGAAUAAUCAAAAUUAUAUGCAAAAUCCAUAUAUGGGACCACCACUACAAAUUCGUAAUCCUUUUGAAGAAGGUGUAGUUGUACCACAAUAUAAUAGUUAUCCCCCAGAAAAAUCAAAUUGGCAUUUAUAUCCAUCUUUUAUAACAUUUAGACAAAAAAUGCUUCUACCACCAGAUCACCCACAAAGUAUCGCAUUAUUACAAAAAUAUCCACCAGUUGAUUUUAAACAAGUUAAAGGAGUUUCAUAUCCAAAAAAUUCCAUGGGUAUGAAUAUGCCUGUGAUGCAACAUUCAAAUCAACCAAUGCCUUCACCUAAUUUUCCUCUUCCUCCGCAACAAAUGAGACCAAGCUUUAAUCAAUUUCCUGGAAACAUACCAAGACCAAUGAUAGGAUCACAACAAGGUAUGCAAGGAUACCCUUCACCCCGCUUUCAAAUGCUUUCACCAUCGCCAAAUUUUCCUGGACCUCAUAGUGUUCCAUCCCAACAUCCUGUACCCUCUUCUAUGGGUCUUCCUACAAAUUCUAAUUCAAUGGGUCCACCAUCAACACCUCCAGUAUUUGAUAAUAGAAUUUCUCAAAAUUUUCGUCCACCUGGCUCAUGUCCUCAAAUGAAUGGGAAUAUAGGAUGUGAGCCUUUAGCAAAUAAUUUAAAAAGGUGUGAAGAAAAAAGUUCUGAUAAAGGAUUUUGUAAUGAAUGUAAAGGACAAUUGAGUAGUGAGGAUAAGGGACUUCGUUGUACAGCAUUAAAUCAAGGAUGUAGUUUUUAUUACCACCAAAGAUGUUCUUCAAUGGAAGCUACUGCAUUUAAUAUUUUUCUAGAAGAUCCUGCUUUAGAAUGGAUAUUUAAUGGCUAUAAAAUUGCAAAGUUUGCUAAACUCACGAAUGGUGGUCAACAUUCACAUUUAACUAUUACUUCUGAUGAAAGAUUUCUUGGAUAUGCAGGAUACGGUGGUGAAUAUGAAUAUGAAUGUGAUCAAAUAUUUAGACUUGAUUUAAAUGAUAUAUCUGAUAUUAGUAAAUUAUCUUCUGGUUUAGGAAUAUCAACAAUGCCAUCAUUUAUUCCUAAUACAAAAUAUAAUAUUGCUUUUAGUUCAAAUGUUCAUAAGACUGAUGUUAGUGGUUUUUUAAAAAAUGGAAAUAUUAAUACAUGCCCAAAACAUAUUUGUGAUAUAACAAAAGAUCCAAUAAUUGUAACAUAUUGUAAAACAUAUGGAAAAAAUAAUCUUCGAUCUUUGUACAAUGAUUUUGAUAUUUUUAUUAAUAAUAUUUAUGGGAAUGUUAUUGUUCAACCAUUAAAUGCUUCAUAUUUUAUAGGUGAAAUAACAUUCGACAAAUUUGGUAAAAAUGGAGCAGCUAUAAUAAUUGAAAAUAAAACUUUAAAUAUUAUUAUUUUUCAAAUUUUAAAUUCUACAAAAUAUGAAAUUACUAAAAAAAUCAAGAUUCCUAAUUUAGCUUGGGGUUUAAAAUAUUCUAGUGAUGGAUCCAGAAUUUACUUCUUUCAUCAUAAUAUCAAUGAUACAUUUGUAAAUUUUGCUUUAUCAAAAAAUAUUUUUUAUACAAAAUUGAAUAGUUCUAUAUCAUAUGUUGAUAUUAAUGAUAAUAGUAUUAAAUCUUUUUCUAACGAGAUUAAUUUUUAUACAUCAAUGUCAAUAGGUGAUAAUAAUGAUGCUUUUAUCAUUAGUAAUGGUAUAAUCAAUUAUCUAAAUUUUAAUACUAGCCAAAGUACAGUUGUAAAUGGAUUUUCAAAAAUGAUUGCUGAAUCAGUAAUUGUUUCUAAAGAUUAUUAUACAAUAUUUAUAACAUUAUUAAAUUCAACCACUAAAGAUAAAGAUAUUUAUGUAGGUGUCUUAGAAUAUUCUACAUUUUCUGAAAUAAAUAAUACAGUAAAUGAAUUUAAAUUUUAUGAAAUAGAAAAAAAUAUUUUCUCUGUUUGGAAAAAAGAAAUUAAUGAUGAUAAAAAUAAAUUGAAUACUAUUACAAUAAAUAAUAAUAUUACACAUUAUCCAGGGGAAAAACAUUUAAACAAUAUUAAACAACUUACAUUUGGAGGAGAAAAUGCUGAAGGGUACUUUUCAUUUGAUGAUGAAAAAAUGACAUACCAAGCAACUGGUAUUAAAAAAUAUGGAACUAAAUGUGAUCAAAUUUAUCAAUUAGAUUUAACUAAAGAUCAAAGAAUAUAUUUUCCAAAGAAAAUAUCAACUGGCCUUGGAGUUUGUACAUGUUCAUAUUUUCUUAAUGAUAAUCAAACAACAUUAUAUGCAGGAACAUUUGCUAGUGUUAAAAUGGAUCCAUCAAAACCAGGUGAUACAUGCCCAUAUAAAAUGUGUAAAAGUCCCCAAGUUAAUACUGAUCCUGUUUUAAAAAGUCUUUGUGGUCCUCAAUAUUAUACAUGGGAUAUCUAUCCAGAAUUUGAUAUUUUUAUUGUUAAUAAAUAUGGUAAAUUAAUUAAACAAUUAACAAACUUUAGUGGUUAUGAUGCUGAAGCUGUUCUAUCACCAGAUGGAACAAAAAUAGCUUUUACAAGUUUAAGAACUGGAGAUUUAGAACUUUUUACAAUGAAUGUUGAUGGAACUGAUGUUAGACAAAUAACAUUUGAUUUAGGUUAUGAUGGUGGAUCAUUCUUUUCUCCAGAUGGAAAAAAACUCGUCUUCCGAGCCUCACGACCAAAAACAGCUCAAGAAGUAGAAUUAUAUAAAACAUUAUUAAAAUAUAAUAUGGUUGAACCAAUUGCAAUGGAAUUAUUUGUUGUAAAUGUUGAUGGAACAAAUCUUAGGCAAAUUACACAUUUGGGUGGUUCUAACUGGGCUCCUUAUUAUUUAAAUGACAAUAAGAGGAUAAUCUUUAGUUCUGAUUUUAAUGCUACUGAAGGUUUUGCUUCUUUUGAUUUAUAUGUUAUUAACGAUGACGGAACGGGAUUAGAACAUGUUACUAAUGAUCCUUAUAACUUUAAUGCUUUUCCAAUGAUGAAUUAUGAGGGUAGUCAAAUUGUUUGGGGAUCAUCAAGAAAUGCUCCAAUUCCAAAAACUGAAAAUGAUGAUGUACAAAUCAAUUUAUUUGUUGCUGAUUGGGUUGAUCCACAAGUUAAAAAAAAUGCAUUUAAAAAAUAUUAUGCGAUGCCAAAUUUUAUACUUUUAUUAUUUGUAAUGUAUCGUUAUAUAUUUAUUUAA